AUGUAUGGGGAGCCGCUUAUAAGUGACAGUUGCAGCGAUGAAGAAGACAAUGGUGGAAAAAAGAAAUGUAAACGUCACCGUAAAAACACUAAGCACACAUUUGGCCAGAGAAGCUCUAGUUUUCGUGGAGUUACAAAGUACGUAGGGGGACGUUUUGAAGCAUUUCUAUGGGAUAACACUAAACCAGGAAAGAAAGGCAAGACAGGCGGAUAUGAUACAGAAGAGGAGGCUGCCAUAGCUUAUGAUAUAGCUGCUCUAAAGUUAUGGGGAAAGUCUGCUACAUUAAAUUUCCCUUUGAGGAAAUACAGGAAAGAUUUGAAGAAGAUGAAGCGUAUGAGCAAAGAAGACUAUUUUAACCACAUUAGAAGAACAAGUGCUAGCUUUUCCAAGGGCUUAUCUAGUUAUCGUGGAGUUUCAAGGAACUCGGACAACAAGAGAUGGCAAGCUAAAGUAGGGAAAGGAAGAGGGUGCAAAGGCAUUUAUCUGGGCACAUUUGAUACUGAAGAGGAAGCAGCCAGAGCCUAUGAUGUUGCUGUAAUAAGGAUGAAAGGCAUAACAUCGGUUACAAAUUUUGACCAAAGUGAGUAUGAUGUCAAAGGCAUUCUUGAGUGCGAAACGCUUCCAAUCGGAAAGGGUGCUUCAAAGAGGGUACGGUGGUCUUCAGUUGAUGAUGUCCUUAAAAAGGAGAGAAACACUAAGAAGAAGAAACCCAUGUUACAACUAAAUAUUGACCCGUUCCUCCGUUAUGCUUUCCAAGAUACUGAUAUCCAAAAUAACCAAUUCCUCCGGUACUCCAACGUUAACCCUAGCUCUCAAGUUCCUCUUCCUGGAUACCAAAACCCUAAAUUUCAAACAAACCCUAGUUUCAAUAAUUGGGCUGGUACUUUUGGUGGAGGUGAUAAUUCAGAGGCAAACUUUCAGACAAACCCUAGUUUCAACAACUGGGUUGGUGCCUUUGGUGGAGGUGAGAAUUCAGAGGGAAAUGGAAUCAAUGUUGGAGGGUCUCAAAUUUAUGGAACCUUGGAUCCAACAAUGGCAAAAAUUGGUGAUGAUAAUUCAGGUUACAAUUUGGGCAGGGGAAUUGAGCACAUGGAGCCAUUGAACCAGUUUGCACCCAUCAUACCACCACAAAACCAAGAGUUUGAUCAGCUAGAUCAGUAUAGCAGUGAUGCCUAUGGCCAAUGCAACAAUGAAAGCUCUAGCUCCUCCUACCUUCUUCAAGACUCACUGCAGGUUCCUAAUUAUCCUCAAACAAUUGACCCUACUUUUCUUCCUGGGAUGGCUAACCUUGAUCCAGGCCCUAGCUAUGUUGGAGAAUCUUACGAUAGUGUGGUUCCCGAGGUGAUUUUGGCGGCGAUGCUGGCAGAGACCAAUGAGAGUUGCAGCCGUGACAUCAUGAAUGAACCUCUUACAGUUUUUGAUUAUGAAGUAACUGAAAAUGUGGAGGGAAAGUCAACAGUGCUACCAAGAAAUGCAGAAAAUGGAAAUCUUGUUGAAGACUUUGGGGUAGACGAAUCAGCUGCAUUGGACACUUACUUUCCUUCUAGCUGGCUGGAGAUGUUCUUGAUGACCAUAUAG